AUGGGGACUUGGGAGCUACAAGACUUACCAAAAGAUCGAAAUGCUGUGGGCUGCAAGUGGGUCUUCCAGAAGAAAACUAACAAGGAGGGUCAGGUUGUCAAGUACAAAGCCAGAUUGGUGGCACAGGGGUACUCACAGAUCCCAGGGAUGGAUUUCCUUGAAACCUUUGCCCCUGUAGUUCAUCUUGAGUCCAUCAGGGCCAUCCUAGCAUUAGCAGUAGUCAAUAACUGGGAAAUUGGCCAGAUGGAUGUUAAGGGAGCUUACCUGAAUGGAGACCUCCAGGAGGAGAUCUACAUGCGACAGCCAGAAGGCUUCAAUGACGGAAGUGGACAUGUUUGUCGACUCCACAAGACACUCUAUGGACUAAAGCAGUCCGGGCACAAAUGGAACCGCAAGCUGCACCGCAAGCUGACGGAGCUCGGGUAUAAGCAACUGGAGGCGGAUCCAUGUGUAUACCUGCAGGAGCAAAAAGGAGAAGUUCAGAUUAUUACAGUAUGGGUGGAUGACUUACUGUUAUUCACCAACUCUCCGAAGCUCAUGGAGGAGCUCAAGCGCGACCUGCAGGACCUCUUCGAAGUCACGGACCUUGGCGAGCCGCAGAAAAUCAUUGGGUUUGAAAUCGAGCGAGAUAGGGAAGCGGGAAAAAUCCAAAUCUUGCAACAGCACUACAUCGAGAGCAUUCUCAAGUGA